GGCCCGGCCAGCAGUUCAGCCAACCUUUUCCUCCGCGGCCAUGCCCCGGUCUCUGUUCCUGCCAUUGCUGCCCCUUCUGCUACUGCUACUGCUUCUACUUGAGGCCUCCAAAGCAGCCAGAGUGUCUCCAGUGCUAGCGUCCUCCAGGGUUGCUGCCACCUGCAAGGCCAAGGACCUGUGCCUGCUCGGGCCGCGCCCGUUGCCCCCUGCUCCGCCGGUCAAUGUUAGCCUCUAUUAUGAAUCCCUUUGUGGAGGUUGUCGAUACUUCCUGGUUCGAGAUCUGUUCCCGACCUGGUUGAUGGUUAUGGAAAUUAUCAACAUCACACUGGUGCCCUAUGGAAACGCGCAGGAAAGAAAUGUCAGCGGCACGUGGGAGUUCACGUGUCAGCAUGGGGAGCUGGAGUGUAGGCUGAACAAGGUGGAGGCCUGCCUGCUGGAUAAGCUGGAAAAGGAGGCAGCGUUGCUGACCAUCGUCUGUGUGGAGGAGAUGGACGACAUGGAGAAGAAACUAGGGCCCUGCCUGCAGGUGUAUGCACCAGAGGUGUCUCCAGACAGUAUCAUGGAGUGUGCCAUGGGGGAACGUGGCACGCAACUCAUGCAUGCCAAUGCUCAGCUCACCGAGGCCCUGCAACCACCCCAUGAGUAUGUACCCUGGGUCCUGGUCAAUGAGAAACCUCUGAAGGAUCCCAGCCAGCUCCUGAGCUCUGUCUGUCAAUUGUACCAGGGAGUAGAGAAACCAGACAUCUGCUCCUCCAUGGCCACCUCCCCCAGGGAGGUUUGCUAUAAGUGAAGGUCAUUGUCAUAAGAAAAACAAGAGCCCAGCUGCUCAGCUUUUUAAAAUCCAGAGCCCUCAAGAGAUACUGUCCAUCAACAAGCAAACUUGUAUGCAUCCCACAAGACAGACUCGAAACUCCUCCACAUGUUCAAGAAUCUUGCCUUGCUAUCGAAUGGUGCUAAAUUUAAAUUGAUUGAAUAAUUAGAUUGCUGUGCUUCAUUUUUCCUGGA